AUGAACAACGAAUUUGUUAAAACUUGCUCAAUUACAUAAAAUAAAGAAGAAUUUAUUUGUAUGAAUGAACAAUGCUGUAAUUCUAAUAGAAAAUAACUUCAUUGUUAUGAAUGCAUAACCAAAAUUCAUCGACAAAACAAUAAUAAUUUUGUUAAUCAUCUUGAUGAUUUUAAGAAAAUUAGUUUGAUAAUGUAAGAAGUUGAUAAGAAGAAAAAAGAUAGAAUUACUUUCUUAAAUCAAAUAGUUACUUAACUUAAUGAUUUUAAGAAAGAGAAGUUUUAAAUAAUUGAAGGUUAUUAAAAUAAUUCCAAAGAAUUUUUAGAAUAAGUUAAAUCUUAUGUGGAAAAGGAGAUUGAUUAAUUAGUUUAAAAAUUGUAUGAAUAAAUAAUGGAAAUGAAUAAAUUUACAGAAUAUUAAUAGUAACAUCAUGUGCAAAUACUUAAACUGUAUUAAUAGACUAUAAAUUAAUAUAUGGAAGAUAUUAUACAAAAAAAAAGUUAACUCUAAGUUAAAAUCAACAAUUACAUUAAAAAGAUGGACUUGGAUUUACAUCAAUAAAUAGCUAAGUAUAAAAAAUUCUAUUUUCUAGAUAUCUUUAAAAACAAUAAAUUUUGGAAUAAUAAAUGUAAUAAUUGAUAAAAUAACCAAGUAUAACAAAUUCAUUUCUAUUCAAAUCUACAGUAGUUUUAAUCUUAUUAAUAAUUGGAUUAAAUCCUAUCAUUAUGUUUUAAGAUUUUAAUGGAAGAAGUGAAUUACAUUAAAAAAUGGAUGAAUUUCAAAUUCUUAUUAAAGAAUUAUAAGGAUAAAAAGAAGAUACUAUAUGUUAGGAAUUGAAUUAAAAUAUAUAAUAAUAAAUGAAUAAAAUUAAGGAUCAAAUAGAUGUAAUAAAUUAAAAAAUGAAUAAUACUGAAACACCUUACAAUCAAUUUAAGAAUUAUUUUAGUAAUAAAUUAAAAUAAUAUAAUGAAACUUUAUAUAAUACAAUAUCUGAUAGAUUAAAUAAUUAAAAAGAGAAUUUCUAACAAAUAAAAUAAUAAUUUAUAGCAUAAAAUUAACUUAAUGAUAAGAUAUUAUCAGAUACUAAUAGAACUUCGUCUGUUUUAUAUUAUUAAUAAGUAAGGAUUAUGAAAAUAGAAGAAGAUUUGAUACAUGUUAAUAAAAAUAUUACUUCGAAUUAUGAUACAAUUUAAUGGUAUAAAACACAGAUAAUGAAUAAUCUAAUGAAAAUUUAUAAUAGAUAAAUAUAAAUUGAAUAUAAAGAAGAAAUUAAGAAAAAAUUAGUUGGAAAAAUUCAUGUUGAUUUAAAUGUUAAAGAGUUAGAAAACUUUGUAAUAAUUUAUGAUGAAUUACUCUCAAAAAAAUUUAAUAGAAAAGUAGUUAGAUAUAUUUAGAGUAUUACUUAAAAUGAUACAAUUAUAUGUGUGGCUGGUAUGAAAGUGGACAAUCCAGAAAUAUUAUUAGUAGUAGGUUGUGAUUAUUAAUAAGAGAUAUUUUAAUUCACUUAUCAUUGGUAACAUGCAAGAAAAAGUUCAUCAGGAGAUAUUUAUUGGUACAUGGCUUUUCCGGUUGCCUUUGGAUUUUCUCCAACAGAAGAUAUUUUUUUAACUUUAUGUGAUGAUUUGGAUCCAAAUGAUCAGAGAAGACUUAGUUAUUGGUUUGAAAAUGGUGAAGAUGGUGGAAGAAGAAUAGGUAACUAAACUUAAUUGAUAAACUCAAUAGAAUAUAAAAUGGUGAUGUAUGCUUUAUGA